CAUUUCCUUAUUCCCUUUUUCUUUCCCAUUUCCUUCGUUGGGAUCUGAUCUUUCCUCUUCCCCUUCCGACAACUUGUGGGUAGCUUCCUUAUUCUACAAAGAGAUAGGGGUUGGAGGUGUCUCUCAGUUCAAUUCCCGAGGCUCAUAACUUUUUCAUUACACCCACAACUUUCUUGCUUUUCUGUCUUUGGGUGUGUUCUUUUGUCUGGUUCAUAUAUUGUCGCCUCGUAAAAGUUGCAAAAAAGUUCGCGUAAAGUUAAUUUCUUAGCUUUAACAAUCACAUGAUGUUGGUCUUCCGUCAGAUCUCUGAGGAUUAGCCAGUUUUGAGUUGGUUUAGGGUAUUGGGGGUUGCUGUACACGCAAUAUUAGCAAGCUUGUGUCAUCGUUUGAUCGGUCUUGGAACAACAUGAAUAGCUUUUCACACGUUCCCCCAGGAUUUAGGUUCCAUCCUACAGAUGAAGAACUCGUUGAUUACUACCUUAGAAAAAAGGUUGCUUCGAAGAUAGAUUUAGAUGUCAUCAAAGAUGUUGAUCUUUAUAAAAUCGAACCAUGGGACCUGCAAGAAUUGUGCAGAAUAGGAACUGAAGACCAGAAUGAAUGGUACUUCUUUAGCCACAAGGAUAAGAAGUAUCCAACAGGCACUCGCACUAAUAGAGCAACAAAAGUAGGGUUCUGGAAAGCUACUGGAAGAGACAAACCUAUUUACUCCAGGCAGAGCCUUAUUGGCAUGAGGAAAACCCUAGUUUUUUACAAAGGAAGAGCACCCAAUGGACAAAAAUCCGAUUGGAUCAUGCAUGAGUAUCGACUAGAAACAAUUGAAAAUGGAACUCCUCAGGAAGAAGGAUGGGUGGUUUGUAGAGUGUUCAAGAAGCGAAUGACAACGGUGCGAAAAAUGGGUGAAUACGAAUCUUCAUGUUGGUACGAUGGCCAGGUAUCAUUCAUGCAGGAACUCGACUCCCCAAGGCGAAUUCCUCAGCCUUAUGCAUCAUAUUAUCACCGUUAUCCCUGCAAGCCUGAGCCUAAGUUGCAAUAUAAUUCCCCUCAUGACCCUACCUUUCAGCUCCCUCAGCUGGAAAAUCCCAAUGUUCAACAAUAUUCUGCUGCAAGUUUAAGCUGCAACUCAGUUGUUCCUGACGGUAACUACGAUGGGAAAACGGGAAGCACUUUGCAGUCCUCAACCCUCACACAAGAAGAGCACAUGCACCCAACGCAUCAGCAAAGUCUCAAGUCUUUCUAUGACAGCACUACUGAACAAGCAGUGGAUCAAGUGACAGAUUGGCGAGUUCUUGACAAGUUUGUUGCCUCUCAGCUCAGCCAUGAGGAAGCUUCAAAGGAAAACAACUACUGCAAUGCAGACACCAGCUUUUAUGUGGCUGAACAAAUGAAUUUAGCGUCCAAUGAAUCCAAAAGGCCAGAAAUUGCUCAUCAGGAAUAUGCCUCCACAUCCACUUCGAGUUGUCAAAUUGAUCUGUGGAAGUGAAACCAUAUUCCAGCAAUUAGAGCAUAUAUACCAAUUAAUUAUAGGUAGCAAACUUAAAAGAAAAGAAGUCUUUAAUCCAGGUUGCUGUAUAUAAUAAAACUAUAAUGGAAUUUCAUUAGCUAUGGGACUGCUGGUGCCUUUAAUAUGUAUUGAUUUAUACAAGGCAUAUGCAGAUAUUAUUAGAUUGAACAUCAUGCAAGUACAAUAAACUAGUACUUUUAGAUGAUGGACUUUGGUCGAGCGCCCUUUUGGGAUUGACUAGACCUAAUAUCGAAUGUAUUACGCAGCUUAAUAUAUAAUUAUAUGAAGGGUUUCU